GCUUAUUUUAUCAACUCUCCCUAUCCCCAUCCAUUUUCCACAAUUUCAUAACAUUAUUUUCGGUUAAACAAAUUUACCCUAAAAUAAAAUUAUUUGUCUAGUUCAUUAGUCAAAGCUUAACAUUUUGGUCGUGGUUCGAGCACCGUGGCCGGCAUAGGUUUUUCUUUUCGUUUUUGGUUGGGAAAUCAGCAACAACAGUACUUUUAUUUUCUUCUUUUUCUAAAAAAGGAACCCUGAAUGUUUCAAGUUAUAUAACUUAUAAGUAGUAAAGAACAAGCAUUGACACUCUUUGUUCUGGUUUUAAUUCACUUCAGCUCCUAAUUUUCAAGUUUUCUGGAAAAUCCAGGACACUGCAGAUUGGUAGAACCUAACCUAAUCAAGUUGUACGAAGCUUUUGCAUUGUUGGUUUAAGGAAGAAUGAAUAAUGGAGCGGGAAGACGGAUCAAUGGUGGAGCGGAAGAGGAUGAUGAUGAAGAUGACGUGAAUGGGGAUCUUGAUGCGUGGGAGAGAACUUACACUGAUGAGAGGUCAUGGGAAUCUUUGCAAGAGGACGAAUCGGGGAUGCUUCGCCCCAUUGACAACCAGGCCCUUUAUCAUUCACAGUAUCGCCGGCGCCUUCGUUCCCUUUUGUCCACUGCUGCUCGGAUACAAAAGGGUCUCAUUCGUUAUCUAUACAUUGUUAUCGAUCUUUCUCGGGCAGCUUCAGAGAUGGAUUUCCGACCAAGUCGAAUUGCUGUCAUUGCAAAACAUGUUGAGACUUUCAUCCGGGAGUUCUUUUACCAGAAUCCUCUUAGUCAAGUUGGUAUUGUGACUAUAAAAGAUGGGGUUGCUCACUGCUUAACAGAUAUUGGUGGUAGUCCCGAGUCUCAUAUCAACGCUUUGAUGAAGAAGUUGGAAUGUUCAGGUGAUUCCUCCUUACAGAAUGCAUUGGAUCUUGUAGAUGGGUAUCUGAAUCAAAUUCCAUCAUAUGGUCAUCGUGAAGUUCUCAUAUUAUAUUCUGCUCUCAGUACUUGUGAUCCUGGAGAUAUAAUGGACACCAUUCAGAAAUGUAGGAAAUCUAAAAUAAGAUGUUCAGUUAUUGGCCUCGCUGCAGAAAUGUUUAUAUGCAAACAUCUUUGCCAGGAAACAGGAGGAACGUACUCUGUUGCACUGGAUGAGUCCCACUUUAAAGAGCUAAUAUUGGAACAUGCACCACCACCACCUGCCAUAGCGGAAUUUGCAGUUGCUAAUUUGAUCAAGAUGGGAUUCCCACAAAGAGCAGCUGAGGGUUCUAUAUCGAUUUGUUCGUGUCAUAAAGAAGCUAAGGUAGGUGCAGGUUACACUUGUCCAAGAUGCAAAGCCCGUGCAUGUGAGCUUCCUACUGAAUGCUGUGUCUGCGGGUUGACACUCGUGUCUUCACCCCAUUUGGCUAGAUCAUAUCAUCAUCUCUUUCCAAUAGCACCAUUUGACGAGGUGACCUCAUCUCAUUUAAACAAUCCAAACUGCAAACUGCAAAGAAAUUGUUUCGGGUGCCAACAAAGCCUCCUUGAUCCAGGAAACAAACCCGGGCCUGCCGUUGUGUGCCCGAAGUGCAAAUGGUACUUCUGCCUGGAUUGUGACAUUUACAUUCAUGAGAGUUUGCACAAUUGUCCCGGUUGUGACAGCUUGAGGCAUUCCUAGGCAGUCAUUAGAAAUGAAGACUAGGAAUUACUUUUGCUGUGGAAACUCAAGGAUGUCAUAUGCUACUUUCUAUGUCCAAAUUUUACAAGUUUGAGAGUCGGAUUUUAUUACUUUUGUGACAUAUCAUAUAGAUAACUUUGCUACAUGAUUUUCAUUUGCUGAAAAUUCUACAUUUCCCAUGUUUUAAUAGAA